AUGGGUCUCUUGACAAUCUUAAAGAAGUUAAAACAGAAGGAAAAAGAAAUCCGCGUUCUAAUUCUCGGCCUGGACAAUGCUGGUAAGACAACCAUCGUUAAGAAGUUCAACGGCGAGGACAUUGCAACCAUUGCACCAACUCUCGGUUUCACCAUACAGACGCUGGAAUACAUGGGGUACAAACUUAAUGUGUGGGAUGUCGGUGGACAGCGUUCUCUUCGGUCCUAUUGGCGCAACUACUUUGAAACUACCGAUGCUCUCAUUUGGGUUGUAGACAGCUCGGAUCGUCCGCGGCUCGACGACUGUCGUGAGGAGCUGGGCAAGUUGCUGCUUGAAGAGCGUCUUGAUCUGGCCGGCUCCCUAACCCCGGCUCAAAUCUCCGAGGCCUUGAACCUGAGGGACAUCACGACGCAUCACUGGAGCAUUUACGGAUGCAGCGCUGUUACCGGAGAGAAUCUGUUGCAGAGCGUCGCCUGGCUAAUUAAGGACGUCUCUUCGAGAAUCUUUUCGGCAGAAUAG